AUGGCCAAGUCGCCGGAGCAAACAGCGCUGCUGGCCGGCCACGAGUCUCCAUCCGGCGACUCCUCUCCGCCUCCCGGCCGCUCGUCCGGCGCCGGGACAUCGCACGGAGGACGAGGAGGAGCUUUGGGGGACCCGUCGUCGUCCCGGCCGGCAGAGGGGCCGAAGCACAAAGUUGGAUUCGCUCGGGGGAUCGCUGUCGGGGCGAGCUUGUUUAUCCUCAUCUUUCUUCACUCAACAAACAUGUCCGGCCUCACCAUGAUCCAAGGCCCCCUCGCAUCCUCCCUCCACGCCCCCUCACGCGCCCAAUCCCUCACAACAAGCUACCUCAUCGCAAUGUCCUCCCUCCUCCCCCCCGUCGGCCGCCUCGCCGCCGUCCUCUCCCCGCGCGCCGUCGUCCUCCCCUCCACCGCCUGCUUCGCCCUCGGCAGCCUCGCCGCGUCCCAAGCAACCUCGUACGCAGCCUUCCUCGCCGCGCGGAUCAUCAUGGGCGUUGGCGGCGCGGGCAUCGUCGUCAUGGCGGUGGUGUUUGUGAUUGAGCUCACGGGCCCCAGGGAAAGGGGCGUCGUGAUCGGGUCUGUGAAUGCGGCGUUUACCAUGGGGGUUUCAGUUGGGGCGGCGGUGUAUGGUGUUUUGGAGCCGGUUGUUGGAUGGAGACCGCUCUUCUGGUUUCCGUCGCCAAUAGCCCUCCUCGCAGGUGUCGGGCUCUAUAUCAGCCUCCCGGCAUCCAUGUCCCUGCCACCAGCAGAACAAUCAGGCAAACCAGCUCCCCUGAGACAAAGACUCGCCAGCAUAGACUAUUUAGGCGCCUUUCUCCUCACCCUCACCAUAGUCCUCUUCCUCUACUCCCUCUCCACCGAAAUCCACCCCCUCCCCCUCCUCACCUCCCUCCUCACCCUGUCCCUCUUCACACUCGUCGAGUUCCGCCUCGCCACGGACCCCAUCAUCCCCCUCUCCGUCCUCUCCUCCCGCCCCGUCCUCCUCUCCUGCCUCGCCCAGCUCGGCCUCAUGACCGCCCGCUGGGCCAUCCUCUUCUACACCCCGAUCCUCAUGCUCUCCCUCCGCGCGUCCUCCCCCGGCGAAGCCGGCUCCCUCCUCAUCGCCACCAACAUUGGCUUCUCCAUCGGCGGCCUCGCCAUCGGAUGGCUGCACAUCCGCCGCCAGGGGUCGUACUAUCUCGCGCAGCUCCUUUCCUUGCUCGCCUUUACACUCACUGUUCUCGGCUUAUCAGUCCUCACUCAUCACGUCUCCCUCUCCUCCUCAUCGUCACCAGCACCAUCAUCAUCAUCAUCAUCCUUCACCGCCUUCGUAAUAACCGUAUGCCUCAACGGCAUCAUCACAGGAAUAUCCCUAAACUACGCCCUCGUCCACAUCCUCCACCUCUCCCACCCAUCCACCUCCUACAUUACCACAAGCCUCCUCGCCACGUUCCGCGGCUUCGGCGGCAGCUUCGGCACCUCCCUCGGCGGCGGCAUCUUCUUCCGCGUCCUCCGCGCGCGUCUCGUCAGCGGCUUCCUUUCGCUCGACGACGACUUAGACGACGGCCCCCUGAGUCCCGAGAGGAGGAAGCUGAUUGAGGAGCUGCUCGGGUCGCCGCAGCUCGUCUGGAAGGAGGGCUUCUUGUCGAGGGCGAGGGAGAGGGAGGUUGCGGUCCGGGGAUAUGCGGAUGCCAUCGGGAGUGUGUGGAGGGCUGCAGCGUGCUUGGGGGUGGUUGUCAUUGUUGUGCAGGCUGCAGCUGGAUGGGCGGCGCCUGAGGAGGAGGGGGAGCGGACGUUGCAGGAGGAGGAAGAGGAGGAGGAAGGAUGA